GCGGCGCGGCGCGACCUUCCCGGGCAGCCGGCGGGCUUCUGGGGUCCGCGGCCCGCGCGCCGUCCACGCGCCCAGGUCGUUACGGGCGCCGAGGGCCGGGGCUCGCGCCGUCCCCGCGCCCAGGUCGUUACGGGCGCCGAGGGCCGGGGCUCGCCGGACACUACGGGGCUCCGCGGCCUCCUUUCCGUAGAGUCACCUGCCGGGAAGGGUGUCCUCUUUGCCCCGCGGAGAGUCAUCAGGCCUCUGGGCACCGCGCCGCCGGUGCCCGGGCCCGAGUGGGGGCGGUUAUGAAUGAGAGACUCUUGCAGGUUGUUGGGCUGGAGUCCGAGGACGAGAAAGUGGGAAGCAGUCUCCCUCGCGGGUCCUGUGCCCCCGGGAUCAGGAGCCUCGGAGCGCGAUUGCCUGGCCGGCGUGUUAGCGGGCAGACGGGCCGGCAUCGCAGCGCCUUGGGUCCGGCUCUAGUCCUGGGCGGGAGGGCAGCCGGGUCGGCUUGAGCCUGUGCUGCAGUCUUCUCGUUCUUGGUGUUACCUGGUGGAGCAGGCGGCCUCAGAGCGUUCUCCCAGGCGAGAGACUCAUUUCUCCUGGGAACUUAAGAAGGCUGUGCAGCUGGCUAUGUUGUUUGUCUCUCCUGGAGUCGGACCCACGUGUGCUUGCAGGAGAGGGAUAUGAGACACCCGUCAUAAGCUGCGGAGAGUUGCCUUCCACAGAGACCAGCAGAGGAGUGUGCCAACAUGAAGUCCAGUCCUGCCAUCCAAGCUGCCAUUGACCUCACAGCGGGGGCUGCAGGGGGCACAGCAUGUGUACUGACCGGGCAGCCCUUUGACACCUUGAAAGUGAAGAUGCAGACAUUCCCUGACCUGUACCGGGGCCUCACCGACUGCUGCCUGAAGACUUACUCCCAGGUGGGCUUCCGCGGCUUCUACAAGGGGACGAGCCCAGCACUGAUCGCCAACAUCGCCGCGAGAACUCGGUCCUCUUCAUGAGCUACGGCUUCUGCC